AUGGAAGCAAUGAUUUUGGGGGUCCGGGGUCUGCGACUCUGGCGAGUCGCCCCUAGCGGCGGGGCUGGCCGGAAAUUUAUAGCAACAUCACCAGCUCCUCAGCUGUCACCUACCGAACUGACGGAAAUGCGGAAUGAACUAUUUAAUAAAGAGAAAAGCAGGCAGUUAUCAUUAACUCCUCGAACUGAGAAGAUUGAAGUGAAGCAUGUUGGGAAAACUGACCCUGGCACUGUCUUUGUGAUGAAUAAAAACAUUUCAACUCCUUACAAUUGUGCUAUGCAUUUAAGUGAGUGGUACUGCAGGAAGUCCAUUUUGGCUCUUGUGGAUGGACAGCCUUGGGACAUGUACAAGCCUUUGACCAAAUCCUGUCAAAUUAAAUUUCUUACUUUCAAAGAUCAAGAUCCGAGAGAUGUAAAUAAGGCUUAUUGGCGCUCUUGUGCCAUGCUGAUGGGAUGUGUAAUAGAGCGGGCAUUCAAAGAUGAGUACAUGAUCAGUUUGGUCAGAGCUCCAGAAGUUCCUGUAAUUGCUGGAGCCUUCUGCUAUGAUGUAGUUUUGGAUAAGAGACUCGAUGAAUGGGUGCCAACGAAAGAGAAUCUGCGUUCCUUCACAAAAGAUGCUCAUACUUUAAUUUAUAAAGAUCUUCCAUUUGAAACUUUGGAAGUUGAAGCAAAAGUGGCAUUAGAAAUGUUUCAGCACAACAAAUACAAAAUAGAUUUCAUAGAAGAGAAGGCAUCUCAGAACCCUGAGAGAACAGUCAAGCUCCACAGAUUUGGUGACUUUAUUGAUGUGAAUGAGGGCCCUCUUAUUCCAAGAACAAGUGUUUGUUUCCAGUAUGAAAUCUCAGCGGUUCACAAUCUUCAAACCACGCAACCAAGUCUUGUACGAAGAUUCCAGGGUCUCUCUUUACCAACUCACUUAAGAGCACAUUUUACAAUAUGGAAUAAGCUAUUGGAAAGAUCACGGAAAUUGGUAACUGAAGAUCAAACCAAACCUACAGAGGAAAGUGCAUCUACCUAGAAACUUCCUACAGUUUAAAUAUGUAUAGUAAAUUAAA